AUGGAUUUGACAAAAGCAGUCGGGGCUGGCAGCGUCCCAAGUCCUGCAGUUGCUGAUUCUGCUGGAGUCAAGCAGACCCAGGACAAGACCGAUCACGACUUCUCGGCUCCUCUGCACGCUUGUAUUAUGAUCUUAUCCUUUGUUGGUCUCAUGCCUAUUGGCAUUCUCAUCCUACGAGUUAUGGAUAGCCCGAAGUGGCACGGUAUCAACCAAGUUCUAUCGGUUGUGGUGGCGUUGAUCGGAGCUUGCGUGGGCAUCUAUGCCGGAACGAUGUUCAAUCGAACGAAGAAUUUCAAUUCAGCGCAUCAGAUUCUGGGUCUGAUGGUUAUGGUAUUGAUGAUUGGUCAAUUUGUCCUCGGCUUCUUGCACCACCGAAUGUACAAGAAAACUCAGGCUCCCACCAAGCUUACUCCCAUCCACGUAUGGCUUGGACGUAUUGUCAUCCCAGCUGGUAUCAUAAAUGGUUUCCUUGGAUUCCCGUUGGCUCUCAAUCCCAAGUAUAACUGGGCACUUCUUGCUCUUGUUCUUCUAGUGGUUAUUUUCAUGGGGCCUUUGGCUUUCUGGAGAUAUAAACGCAAUGUUCAGAAGGCGAAGACAGAGGCAGCGAUAGGCCCUUCCGGCUAUCAAAAUCAACCCUGGUUGAAUACACAAAGCAACUUCAACUUGCAACCAAUGAACCCUCCGCCUGUAUAUCAGAAUCCGGGAUAUGGCCGUUAG